CAUAAUGUGUGAUUCAUAAGCAAUUUAUAAUAUCCCAAUUGAGAGCAGAGGAGAAGAAGAGAGAAUGGGUUCGAUGGGCAAGUUAGAAAAACCUCAUGCAGUUUGUAUACCAUACCCAGCUCAAGGCCACAUCAACCCCAUGCUCAAACUCUCCAAACUCCUCCACCAAAGAGGCUUUCACAUCACCUUUGUCAACACUGAGUUCAACCACAAACGCCUCCUCAAAUCUCGGGGCCCCGACUCCCUCAACGGGCUCUCUUCCUUCAGGUUCGAAACCAUACCCGAUGGGCUCCCCGAGUCCGAUGCCAAUGCAACCCAAGACAUCCCAUCACUGUGCGAGUCCACCAGGAAACACUGCUUGGCUCCUUUUAAAGACCUUCUUUCGAAGCUAAACGACACUGCUUCGUCGAACGUCCCGCCGGUGACUUGCAUAGUCUCCGAUGGGGCUAUGAGCUUCACUGUGGAUGCUGCUGAAGAAUUGGGCAUUCACUUUAAUUUUCUAAUUAAAAAAAAAAGCCCCCGGAGGAGACCUGAGUAUUAA